AUGGGUGAUCUAAUAUAUAACUACUUUCAAAAGUGUGAGUCAAAGGAUCCUGAAAAGCAUAAGAAAAGUAAAACAGGUUCCUUUAAUUACUGGUUAAAGAAAAAAAAGCAGAGACAAGGAUUUAACAGACAAGACUCAUCCUCAAAGGGAUUUAAAUCUUUGAAUAAAUCUUCCCUCCCUGGUGUGACCAUUACACAGUUUGUAGAAGAUAUUCCUACAGGGUGCAGCACUCCUGACUUUGAGCGGAAACCAAUCACUGUAACAUUACAGGAAGGUAAAAAUGCCAUUUUCAGAGCUGUGGUCAAAGGUGAACCAAAACCAAAGGUUUUAUGGAAGUGCAAUAAUAGGGAAAUGGAUGAUUCUCAGAAAUACCAAAUAUCUUUUAAUCCUGCCACAAAUGAAUUUAUCCUGCAGAUAAACGAAAUCACUUCAGAUGAUGCUGAUAUGUACCGUUGUAUUGCUGUGAAUGAGUAUGGGGAAGCGACCUGUACUGCUGGUCUCAAAAUUAUAGAGGAUCUAAAGAAAGAGCUUCAGGACUUCAGAAAAACAUUAAAGAAACGAACACCUUCAGUUGUUCCAAAGAAAAAAAUGGACAUGGACCAGAUUGCACAAAUAUUGCUCAAUGCAGAGAAGAAAGAUUAUGAGAAGAUUUGCAUGCAGUAUGGAGUUGUUGAUUUCCGCGGGAUGCUGAGAAAACUUCAGGAAAUGAAGAAGGCGAGAGAGGAUAAGCAGGAUCAAUUUGUAUGCAGUAUUGCAAAUCUGAAGCAUCUGAAAGUCAAUAAAGAGCAAAGAAAUGCUACAUUUGGCCUAGAGAUGGAACUGAAAAACCCAGAGAGCAGAAUCUGCCUCUACAAAGAUGGUCAGAAGAUCAAUUUUGGAGUUAAUGAUGACAACUUAAAGCACCGCCUACAGCAAGAGGGCAAAAACUAUCAUUUUACGAUAAAUGAUCUGCAGUCAGACGAUGCUGGCAUUUACCAGGUCAAAGUAGAAGAUGUAGAUAUCUUCUCCACUGAACUGGAAGCAGAAAAAUAUGAUAUUUCAAUUUUGAAUGAUGGCCUUAUUUACCAUAUAGGCAUUAAAAACAUCCAGUCCUCUGACAAAGAGACUUACACCAUUGAUACUGGAAGCUGUUCUUCAAGUACUUGGCUUGAAGUCAAAUCUUUUAAAGAAAAGAGAAAGCAAUCUGAAGAGGACAGUAGUGAUAAAGCUGGACAAUGGAGCAAACCAUUAGAUGAAGAGCAUGCUAAGAAACGUCAUCAAGGAGAAAGGCAGAAAGAUCAAGAUUUCUUUGCACACUUCAGCAUGAGCAAAGAUGCCCAAUAUGGGAAUGGCCAAGAUAGCAAUGCAGAGUUUUAUAACAGCCUGGAAAAAGAUGGAUCUUUGAGAAGUGAUGAGAAGAUAGGCUUUGAUCAGAAUGCAGUGCUAGGUGGAAAUAUCAAAGGAAUAGGUAGUUUCACUGACAAGAACUCCCAAUAUGGGAAAAAUGCAAUGUUAGUUUUCAACACUGGACCUGGAUGGCAAAAUUCAGAAGGACAAGCUUCCAUGCUUAAUGGAGAAGAUCCUGCAUACAGAUUUAACAGAGGAUCAGUUGGGGGUUUCCAAGAUUCCAUAUUAGGCCCUGCAGAGGUCAAUAGCAAUCAAUACAUUGUGGGAUACAAUGGUGGCUCUGGACUUGGAUUUGACAUAACAGAAAAGAUAGAAGGAUUUUAUGGCAAGGAGGUUACAUUGGGUGAUUCCCAUCAAUCGGGAGUCAUUUUUGACAGCAAUGGAAGUCUCUGUAUUAAAGAUGGUGGGUUAAGUGGUGCAGGGAUGCUUUAUUUCAAGGAUAAUAAACUCUCAGAAGUAGGAGACAGAAGUAAACUUUAUAGAGAUGAUUGCCUAGCAGCUGAGUUUGAUGUAACAGAAGGUGAUAAAGGAGUUGCAGGGAAAUUUUAUGAGAAAGAUAAUCAUUUAGAGGCAGUCAGAGAUCUUCAACCUCAGUUUGGUGACACGAAAAGUGGUUGUGGCAAUACGGCAGGUGGAAUUGGUGAUGGUGGGACAAUGAAUGAGAUUUGUGUCAAUGAUGUAGUGUUGGCUGAAUCUGAAGUGGUGGAUAGUUUUCCUAGUCCUGGAGGGUUAGUGGUGUACUGUGGGACAAAAGGAAUGUCAUCCGAAUCAAGCACUGGUAGACAUAAUGAUGCUGAAAGACUAAGAGUGCUGCAUAGCAAGGAUAGUAUGAUAGUUGAUGCUGGUGCUUGCAUAAAUGGCAAGAAGGAUGUACUAAAAGGAGCUGUUAGACCUGAUGGUACUGUGGGCAUAGAUGGAUAUUAUAAUAUGGAUGGUGUGCUGCAAGGAAUGAGUGGUUGUAAUCUUGCUAACAACAUGGAUGGACUAUACAAUAAGAAUGAUAUAUUAAGAGGCACAGGUACUAUUGGACAAGAUAGGGCCAUGAGCGUAAGCAGUCUUUAUUGCAAACAUUCUACACUUGAUGGUGCUGUUGUUGGAGGACCUUAUACUAUUAGAAUCAUCAAUGAACACCAUGGCAAAGAAGUUGAAAUAAAUGGAGCUGAUGCUAGGGGCAUAGGUGGACUUUAUGAUUGGAAACUAGGAAACUAUGGUAAGCUAGGGAGAACAGAAGGUACUAGUGGACACUGUGGCAAGGAUGGCAUGCUAGGUGAAACAGACACUAAUAUAGCUGGUAGUGCUGGUGGAAUAGAUACACUGUAUGGUAAAGAUGUCCUGCUAGAUAAAAUUGGAGCCAGUGAAUAUGGUAAUACUGUGAAUAUCGCUGGACUCAAUGACAAGAAUGGCAUACCAAAUAAAGCAAGCAGUUGUGGAGCUGAUAGUUCUACUGGGAAUGAUAUGCUGUAUUGCAAAAGUUUUAUUGAUGCUAAGGACACUGGUAGAUUCCAUGGAAAGGAAGCUAUACAAAAUAAAGCAGAUACUGCUGAACUCCCUGGCCAGAAUAUUAUGCCAUGUGGAUUUUAUUCAGAUGGUGGUGGUGUUAGGGAAAUAGAUAGGCUUUAUGUGAAAGGUGGCAUAUUGGGGAAAGUAGGUGCUAGUGGAGGAAUCUUUGACAAGAAUAGCAUGAUAAUUGGUACUGUUGAUAAUAAACUUAGUAAUGGUGAAAGAUUAGCUAGCAAAGCUAAUGUUAUUGGAGAAACAGCUAGAAUUUAUGAUAAGAAUGGAAUGUCAGAUGGACUUGUUACUCUUAAAGGAGUUUCUAGGCUGUAUGAUAAAGAUGGUGUGCUAAGUGGAAUUGGUGCUAGUGGACCCAUUGGAGCUGGAAGCACUGCUGUAUUUUAUAGCAGGAAUAGCAUGCCAAAUGAUACAAGUACUGCUGGAUUUAGAAUGGGUGAUUCAUCAGAUGGAGUAUGUGCUGGGAAUAAACUCAAUGACAAGGGUGAUAUACCUGGUGUCACAGGCAGGAGAGAAAUUGAUUCUAAAGACAUGGGCAUAUCUUAUGAUAAGGAUGGCAUACCAAAUAGAACACACACUAUUGGUUAUCAUGGCUCAGUAAUACAUAGUCUAUAUGGCAAAGAUGGUAUCCAGAGCAUAUCAUUAAGUGCAGGCACUAAUAAAUCUGGUGGCAUUGAUAAUAUAGAUGGAAACUUUGGCAAAGACAAAAUGCCAAAUGUAGGAGACAUUUAUGAACUUGGUGAUGUUGGCAGAGUAGAUGGACAUAAUAUUUUAUGUAGAGCAGGUCCAACUGGAUAUGUCAUUAUUGGUAGAAUUUAUGACAAAGACAGUCUAUUUAAUCAAUUUGGAGCUGGGAAUAUUGAGGGUGCAGGUGAAUCUAUUUGCAAAGCAGGUGGAAAAGGCACUGGACUCUGUGAAAGAAAUGAUAUCUCAAAAAGACAGGUCUUGGGUAAACUUGAUGGUGCUAGUAAUGUAAGUGGACUUUAUGGAAAAAAUUGUUACUUCAUUGGAAAUAGUGUAGCUGGAGGAUUAGAUGGGCUUUAUGGAAAGAAUGGAAUGCCAGAUAGUAGAAGUAUUAAUGGUAUAAUGGGAAUAAAUAGGCAAUAUGGGAAGGAUAGUAGCACAAUUGCUGGUGAGGUGGGAUUUAAUAAUGAAAUAAACUUCAAUUAUCACUCCAAUGAAGAUGUUGUACACUGUGGAGAUAGUAUAGGAGUUAGAGAUGCUAAUAGAUCACUACAUGAGAAAAAGUCAGACAUAGUUGGCAAAGAGUUCCUGGGUUAUGACCAGGCUUCUGGCCUUUAUGAUGCUGUAUCUCAUGCUGGUGACAGAAGAAGGCAGCUCUGUGAUUUAGAGGCCAAUGGAUCUACACCAGCUGAACUUUCAAGGAAAUGGAGAGGAGAAAAACUGCUUGAAGAUGACUUGAGAGAACCACUUUGCCAUUUGCAUCAAGGUUUAUUUGAUGUCCAUGCUCAGAAAGGAAAACCAACUGAGUUGUGUUGUCGUCUCAACAAUGAUCAGGUCAAGGGAACUUGGUUUAAAGAUGGAGUGAAGGUAACAGGUUUAGGAGCAGUCUCCAUUGAGAAAAACGGCCCAGUUCACAAACUAAUAAUAGACAAAGUAGAAGACAGCCAUGCUGGAAAAUAUAAAUUUGAAGCUGAAGGCAUCUGCACAGAAGCAUCUAUUUUUGUUGAAGAUCCUCCAAAUGUUGACUCCACACUUCUGGAAAAACUAAAGAAGGAACCUAUCGUGGUAAAGGCAGGAAAAAAUGCCAUGGUUAAGAUUCCAUUUGAAGGUCGGAAGCCAAUCAGAGCAAUGUGGCUAAAGGAUAAUCAGGAACUUCUGGAUGAUGACAGGAUAAACAUAGAUUCUUCAGAGAACUUUACUCGACUCUCCAUACCCAGCACCAGCCGGAAGGAUACUGGAAAUUACAAAGUGAGAUUAAAGAACGAGUGUGGAAGUUUUGAAGUUCCUUUCAAGCUGGAAGUGAUAGAUAAGCCACAAUCACCAACAGGCCCUAUAGCGGUUGUAGACAGUUCCUCCAAUAGCAUAACUAUUCAGUGGAAGCCCCCAAGAGAUGAUGGUGGUAAACCAAUCCAGAAUUAUAUUAUUGAGAGGCAACAGGUUGGUAGAAAGACCUGGGUGACACUGGGAAAAACCACUGGAAGCUCUACUAUUUUCACCACCAACAAAGUGGAAAACGACGCAAGCUAUUACUUCAGGGUGAAAGCAGUUAAUUCCUUGGGCAACAGUGAGGCCCUGGAAUCUGAUGAAGUCAUGGCUGCUGCAAAAGCUUCUCCAGGCCCUCCUGCUCCACCUAAAGUUAACAGUGCCAACAAAGAUGGCAGCACAAUUUCAUGGUCUGCACCACAUAAAAUAGGGAAUUCACGAAUUUUGGGCUACAGAGUUGAGAAACGCAAGAAGGGCAGUAACUUCUGGACAUCUGUCACUGAUUUGCCCAUAACAGACAGGAAAUAUACAGUGAAUGAUUUGAAGGAGGGACUGCAGUAUGAAUUCCGAGUGGCUGCCAUCAAUAACGCAGGAGUGGGUGAGGCCAGUGCACCUUCAGAAGCUAUUUAUGCUCAAGAUCCUAUGAAACCUCCAGAUCCAGUGAAAGAUCUAAAAGUGGUUAAUACUGAUUACUGUAGCAUCUCCUUAUCAUGGAUGAAACCAGAAUCAGCAGAAGAAAGUUCUGUCAAAGGUUAUAUUGUUGAGAUUCGACACUCCGAUACUCUGAAAUGGACUCGAUGUAAUACUAUCCCAAUACAAACAACUGCAUAUACAUUUAGAGGAUUAAAAGCCAGGGAGCCAUAUUUCCUACGUGUGAGAGCAAUUAGUGAUGGUGGUUUGAGUGACCCAGUUGAAGUUGAUACUUGUGUUCAGGCAGUACCUUCUUCUGUUAAGCCCAAGUUCUUAGUGAAGGAUACUGUUGAAAGUUUCAUGAAAGUGAAAGCAGGAGAUGCCAUCCAUGUGCGUAUUCCUUUUGAAGCAUCCCCAUCUUCUGAAGUGAUUUGGCUGAAAGAUGGACGUUCUCUGCCACUAAAGGCCACAACUGCCACCAGAGACAGACUGAGCCAACUCAUCAUAGCAGAAGCUGAGCUUUCUGACAGUGGACAUUAUGCUAUCAGCCUUCAAACUGAGCAUGGGAGAAAGGAAACAUUCAGUUUUCAAGUUCAAGUUCAAGAUAUUCCUGAGCCUCCUGGCCCUAUAGAACUCAUUGAGAAGGUCCCUGGGACGGUGACUCUGAUAUGGGAGCCCUCGCCCACAGAAAAG